AUGGCGGAAAGUUUUGAAUUGAUAGACAUGAAGCUCUCUCCGGCGAAAUCGGUAGUGGAUUACCCCCAAGACCAGAGGAUUCCGUUGAUGAAAUCUCGACGGCGUCGGCGAGGCGACACGUGGGUGGUGUCUGUGUUCGUAAUAAUCCACAUUGGUGUUUUCAUAGCGACGAUGCUCGUCAACGACUGCUGGAGUAAUUCUCACGGCGAUUGCGUUCUCCAACCCCUCGGAAGGUUCUCGUUUCAGCCUCUCCCCGAGAAUCCCCUCUUAGGUCCUUCUCAGUCCAAGUUAGAUGAAAUGGGAGCUCUUCGAAGGAGCUUAUUGACAGAAAAUCAUCAAACUUGGCGUCUUUUCACAUUUCCGUUUUUGCACGCUGGACUGCUCCACCUAGUCAUCAAUCUCUGCAGUGUGAUCUAUGUGGGAGUUCACUUAGAGCAGGAGUUUGGACCUUUAAGGAUUGGUAUAAUCUAUACACUCUCUGCUUUUGUGGGUGCCUUGGUGGCCUCUCUUUUUCUCCAAAACACCCCGGCUGUUGGUUCUUCAGGUGCUUUAUUUGGAUUGCUGGGAACAUUGCUUUCCGAACUUGUUUGGAACUGGAAAUUUCAUUCCAAUAAGAUUUCAGCAAUAGCAUCAUUAGUCUCUGUCUUUGUGUGCAAUUUUGUGCUUGGUUUUCUGCCUUAUGUAGACAAUUUUUCAAGCAUUGGAGGUUUUAUAUCUGGAUUCCUUAUUGGAUCUGUUUUUUUACUCAACCCUCAUCAACAAGUAGCUCCAAAUAAAGGAGGUCUCAUUGAUUAUAGUAUCAAAAGUUACAUCAAGUUAAAGUUGAAGGAAAUGCUGCACAGACCACUUCUCCAGAUUGCUUCUCUUAACCUCUUCAACCUAUUAUUGGUUGGUUGUCUUGUGGCAGUUCUUUAUGGAAUCAACAUCAACAGUUAUUGCACAUGGUGUCCAUAUGUUGACUGUAUCCCUUUUACAAGCUGGCACUGCAAAGACAUAGAAACCUCUUGUGAGACAAUGGUGAGCAACGCUCAGCUGACAAUGACCUGUAUUGGGAAUGGCAAUUACCGGGUCUUUCCUUUUACCAACAUCUCUCGGGCAAGGAUUAAUGAUUUGUGCAAUCUGAUAUGCUGA